AUGAGCGGCUCUUUCGACAAGAAGCUCUCCAGCAUCCUCACCGACCUCUCGGGCUCGCUGAGCUGCCAUGCCUCCUCCUCCAAGGACUCUCCCACCUUACCCGAGUCCUCCGUCACCGAUUUGGGCUACUACACCAGCCAACAUGACUACUAUCCGGGGCAAUCUUACAGCCAACCUGUCAGCCACUAUCCCUACCACCAAUUUAACCUCAAUGGCAUCGGAACUGCCGGCACCUACUCGCCCAAAUCCGAUUAUUCCUACAGCCCUUCCUACCGCCAGUACGGCCACUUCAGGGACCAGCAGCUCCCAGCUCAGGAAGCAGUCUCAGUGAAGGAGGAGCCGGAGCCGGAGGUGCGGAUGGUCAACGGGAAACCCAAGAAGAUCCGCAAACCCCGCACCAUCUACUCCAGUUACCAGCUGGCAGCUCUGCAGCGCCGCUUCCAGAAAGCCCAAUACCUGGCACUGCCCGAACGGGCCGAACUGGCUGCCCAACUGGGGCUCACCCAGACGCAGGUGAAGAUUUGGUUCCAGAACCGUCGCUCCAAGUUCAAGAAGCUCUACAAGAACGGCGAGGUCCCCCUGGAGCACAGCCCCAACAACAGUGACUCCAUGGCCUGCAACUCCCCCCCUUCCCCGGCUGUUUGGGACAGUAACUCACACGGCACCGCGCCGGGCCGGACCCCUCUCCCUCAACCUCUUCCUUACAACUCAUCCUCGGGAUUUUUGGAGGAGCACAACCCUUGGUAUCACCCCCAGACCCUCAGCGGACCCCACGGACCCCACCAACCACCCCCAGCCACCACGAUGCAUCACACCUCCCCGGGGCCCCCUCCCACCACCGGCGCCGUCUAUUAA